UCGCCCAUCAAUGGCAAUUUCCCAACUGUUUGGGAGCUGUUGAUGGUAAACAUGUUGCCAUCACUGCACCUGGGAAUUCCGGCAGCCUAUACUUCAACUACAAGCACACUUUUUCCAUCGUCCUGAUGGCCAUCGUGGACAGUGACUGCCAGUACGUCCUCAUCGAUGUUGGUGCUGAAGGGCGACAGAGUGAUGGAGGCGUCCUCAAGAACUCCAAGUUUGGAAAAAAGCUGCUUCAAGGAACCCUUGAUCUUCCUCCUGCGGGAUUCCUGCCUGGAACGAGGACUGUGGCACCCUAUGCCUUCGUGGGUGACGAAGCAUUCCAAUUAAGGAAGGAUUUUAUGAGACCCUUCCCUGCUAAGCAGCUCACCGACGAAAAGAGGGUCUUUAAUUACAGACUCAGUAGGGCACGGAGGUGCGCUGAGAAUGCCUUCGGCAUAACAGCAGCCCGGUGGCGAGUGCUCCUGCGCACGAUAAACCUGAAGCCGAAAAACGUUGACUACGUCAUCAAGGCGGCCUGCAUCCUUCAUAAUUUCAUUAUGAAAUCAACUGCAAAGGUGCAGAGCUGUGAAGAGAGGGAAGACAGCUUCGGCAAUGUUAUUCGAGGCCGCUGGCGGGACAGCGUGGAAGGGGCAGCUCAGGACAGCCGAGCUCCCAGAUAUUUCUCCCUGGAACCCACGCAUGCCAGGAACUUCGUUGCAGAGGCAGCAGAUGCGAGGAAUAUAUUUACUGCUUACUUUUGCAGCAGCUUUGGUGAGCUCCCUUGGCAGUGGAAUCAUCCAGGUGUGGCUAAAGAUGCUGCUCUGAAGCACCUGCAAGAGCAACAGCUCUUGCCCCUGAUAAGGAGAUGAGCGCUGUCGAGAAAGCUAAUCAUAGGCAGAGACUUUUCAUUUGCCCGGAGAGGGCGGGGGCCCGACUUGCUCUUUCAGGUAUAUAUAUAUAGACAGAGGGAGAGAGUCUUUAGAAUUGAAAAAUUUAAUAUAACUUUAGUCUCGUAGCUGCCGACACCGCGAUAUCAUUAUGAAGAUGUGUAUUAAAGUGGCGAGUUGGGCUUGUUGGUACAUGAUACUGGUAUACUUGCAGCACAAACAACACAAAGGACUGAACAGAA